CGCUGUCAAAGCGAGCUGUUGAUCAUGUGCCGAACCGCACGGAGCCGUUGCUGAGAGAAAAAGGCGAUGUGGCGGAUAUCACGGCGAGGAUGAGUGGUCAGACCCCCUUCGCACCAGUAUCAGAAUUCCAACUAGAUGUCACGGCGUACUUGCUGACGCGAAUACGCUGGACUUCUGGCCAGCAUCUGCAAUGGUUUCUGGACGGUGAGGUCUUUCCAUGAGAUGUAUCUGAGAGCUGGGACUCGUAUAUAAACGCCUAUUCAUGGUGGAGGACAAGCAGCACCAGGAAAAGCAACAUGCGUCUCCCAGUCUUCGCGCUCUCUUUGUACACCGCCUUCCUCGGGCAGACCCAGGUCAGCGACGAGAUCCAGGGCGCGCUCGGUAUUGCAGGCGGCAGCGUCAGCAGCACCACGCCGACCAGACACAGCGGCACGAUCAUCCAUCCUAUGCCUGGCAGCCUGAUCGAGCUCGGAAAACCGUUCCCGUUCGCGUACAAGACGUCCAACUGGUGCCACACGGGCUACACCCACAUCUCCGCCUGGCUCAUGGACUACGAGCCUGGCGAGGAGGAUCUGGACAAAUCCGGAAAGCUCCAGAGCGCGCGAUACCAUUUCGGAGAUUGGACGCUGUCUAACUUCGCCCAGCUUCCUGAUCUGCCUGAGAACGCACCCGCCGAGCUGAUGAUCCCUGGGGAUGUGAUGACCAGACUCCGCGGUCCGGACAUGUACUUCUCCGUGGUGGAAAACGCGACCGACUGUCCGCCGCGCAACGUCCCCACCCAAUUCGGCCUCACGUCGAGUCCUGUCUACGUGUUGUAGAUUGUAUCGUUCAAACAACGAGUGAACAGUGAACGCAGAAUCGCGAGUAACAAUAGCAGUGGCGGUGUGUAAUCGAACGAAGGACUGCCAUUGCAAGUGAAAUCUCUCGCGACCAUGAACAUGAGCCCGCACACAAUUCCAAUGGGGCCGGCUGGAGGCCCUGUGCGGAAACAAAGCGGUUUGUGUGUGACAAUCGUCCGGGAGGUGGCCGAGUCGGACUGAGCAAGGACCUGUCUGGCAGUCCGUCAGUUUACUAGCCCGUUGACGGAAAUUAGACAACGACACAGUUCGCUUCGAAUCCAGUGCGGCCGCUAAAGUGACGUAGAAAAAUGGAAUGAGCGUGCAGUAGCAGUGGCGGUAUUGAGUCGAAUGAAAGAUUCCAUUCCAUGUGAAUCGUCCCCGAAUUGAGUAAAGUGUGAGCGCCGAAGAUUUUCACAGUGCAUCCUGGAAGUACUCAGAAAGGAAAGUGGCAGCGGCGUUCGAUGUGUCGGGACCGUGCUAGAGCUGCGCGAAUCAAACUAGUCGAGAUCGACCAAGGCACGUCUGUCGGCCAGCACACUAGUCCGCUUCCAAGGAAACCGCG